GGCAGCAGUCACGCGUGCUACACGGUGACACUUUAGACACGCCCCUUUUCAUGUGACCCGGAUAAGGAAGUGUUGCUGUGACCUGUGUUUGCCAUUGACAGUGAGUGAGCCUACUGUGCAUCAAGAGAAAUGGGACUCCACUUCGGGGACUUGGCCAAGGUGCGGCAUGUCAUCACCUACAGUCUUUCUCCCUUUGAACAGAGAGCAUUUCCUGGCUUUUUCUCUAAAAGCGGUCCCAAUGUGUUUAGAAGAUUCAGGGCACAGGUGUUAAAAGUAGGACCACCUUUCCUGCUUGCAUACAUAACUUAUUCCUGGGGAACGCAAGAGCAUGCAAAUAACAAGAAAAAGGAUGAGUCCUUGUAUGAAAAUGAGUAAAGCAGCCAAGCGUGGUGGAAAUGUUUCCCAAUUGUGACUUUUUUCUUUGGGUCUGCAAUUUUUGCAGUGUUUCAAAGGAAUAUUUAUUUGGUUGUUAAUGCUACUUCAAUAAAAUUCUAUUUCACAUUGA